AUGGUGAAGAAAUUUGAUGGGAAGUUUAUUUGGGUGAUAAAGAACUUCUCUACUUUUCCAUCUGAGAAAAUUUGUUCUGGCUCAUUUGUGAUAGGUGGCUGGUUUUGGCGUCUUGUAGCAUAUCCCAGGGAAAAUGACGUUGAUUACUUGUCUUUGUAUCUCGUUGAUGACAUGCGGUAUGCUGCUUCUAAAUCAAAGCCUUAUAAACUGAGAGGAAAUGUAAAUUUCAACAUAACGAUAAUAAAUCAACUUUCUAAGAAACUCUCAUUACGAGAAGAUUCCGAGCACUUGUAUGAUGUGAUUUCUCCUUUCCAUCGGGGUUUUGAAUCAUGGAUACCUCUUAACAAACUUCAUGCAGAAGAUGGCGGGUUCUUGUUAAAUGGAGAACUCAAGAUUGCAGUCAAAGUACAAGUAUCAGAUGUAUCAUGGGAACCAGAAGACGCAUCUGAUGACGCUCUAGUUGAUGUGUCAGGGGGAAUUAAAAAGACAACCAAAUUUCUGAGGAAGACAAAAGAAACCAUGGAUGCAAUAAAUGGGUUUCAAAUUCUUCCUUCACAAGAACGUUUUGUCACAUCGAUGGAGAAGCAAGUUGGAGAGAAGUUCGUCAGUGUGAUACAAAAUUUCUCCUUUGUGAAUUCUGAGAAGUGUUAUUCUGAUCCAUUUGCAAUCCGUGGCUUCAAAUGGCGUCUUCUUGCUGAAUGUGACCUUGUGGUUUUGCAUCUAUAUAUGUGCAUUACUGAUUGUCCACCAUUUCCUUCUGAAGCUGUAAAAGUUCGCUUGACCAUAGUAAAUCAGCUAUGCGAAUACAGAUCCAUAUUGAAAGGUGAUUACUAG